AAACCGGUAAAUAUAGAAGCAAAAUCCAAGCAGCAACGGUCUGAGGAGGAGACCCAAAGCUUCCUGGAACUGUGGUCUUCAUAUGAAAUUCAGUGGAAGUUAGAGGGAGCCUCUUGGACCACACCAGUGUUCGAAACAAUCCAGUGGGAUAUGGCUACAGCUGUACGAACGGAGUCUGACUAACUCCUCAACAACUAAAAAGCUCAGAAAUGACUACAAAGACCAGAAAAGGCAGCCGGGAUGCAGCAGUUUUUGGCCAAAAAGAGCCCACAUUUUUUCCGGCUGCAUUCUGUGAUUCCAACCGGGGCCCUGAACGCCACAGCUGAGCAGGAGUGUAUGCAGGCGAGAGGCACCCAGCUGCAGACAAGACGGUGGCCGCCAUUUCCAAUCCAUACCGGAAGUCCUUACUGGAAAUCCAUACCGGAAGAUGUUCAUCUCCGCCCAGAUCGGCUCUGUGGAAGUUGUACCUUCUCGCUUCUCUCGUGAGUGAACAAAAGUAAACGUUUCUGCCUGCACUAAUGUGAGUGGCGAUAGUGUUACAAAAUGAUAAGGAUGUUAGUGUCAUAUGAUGCAACUUUACCAAAAAAUGUAGGUAUAAUUGAUUAGCUUAACAUUAGCGCUGGAGCUAACUUAGCGUUAGCGUUAGUAUUACUACACCGUAGAUUUGUCGCGCUACGUUUUACUAAUGUCAGUAUGGGGGUAUGGUUGAAUAAUGUUAUAUUUGUCAAACACCAUUACUGCCCUAGCGAUAUGUGUUGUGAUCUACAUGUCCACAUGUUAUUAUCUAUUUUUAUUACGUGUUGAUCUUUGCAUAAACCCUCUUCUAUGAGCUGUUAACCUACAGCUCCUGGUGUCUGUAAAAAUACAUGUGUUUAUUAAUGCAUCAGUGUAGUUACACAUAGAUACCUAAAGACCAUCCACUAUUGUAAACAUAUGGACAAUAUUCACAUAUCGGUGUUUGGCCUCUCAUUUUACAGAUGCACCCAUCAAUUGUUGACAAAGAUGGCAAUCUUUGUCACAUUGUGCUUUUAUCUGGAGAUUUUGGGUGUCCUCUCUGUCCCAAAUUUCCUUUGCAUUGUCUUCAUUAGCAGCCUGCUAGCUCAGUUGCCAUGACAACGUGUUAUUUUCCGAAUCUCUGUCUCAGUAGGAAGGAAUUCUGGAACUCAAGUUAAACUUUUGAAUGCUCAGUGAAUUUUGUUUCUGGACAAGGACACAAGCAAACAAGGAUAGAAGCAUCAAACAUCUUCUCCCGAGAGUCGACACCAUUUCUGACAGCCAACCGACAGAAAAGACAUCUUCUUUUGACAGCUUUCUUUUUCAUUAAGAUACCGUCCUACAGAAAUCCAUCAUGGAGCAACGGAUGAAGAGAAAGCUGACCGAUGACACUGAGAUCUCUGACUGCAUAAGGAUGAGGAUCUCUGACAUGACGCCCCUCAGAAUAACCUCAGACUUCUCCUCCUCAAAAAGACUCGUUGAAGUCGUUGAGACCCCUCCCAAAGUCUGGAUCAUCGGGUCCAGCUACAUCCAACGAGCGGAGGACACGGCCCCCAAAGAGUUCGGGGCCAAUCUGGGUCUGAACGCCAGAGUCCACUGGUUUGGCAAAGGAGGCCUGAGAUGGAGCGGCGUCAUUCCCCGUUUCUACGCCGAGCUGGCCCAGCAGUCUCCCCCCGACGUUUUGGUGGUUCACGCUGGAGGCAACGAUCUAGGACUCGUGUCUCCGAUGGAACAUGCCGCCAACAUCCAGGCUGACCUGGUGCACCUCCACAAGGCCUUCCCCUCCAUGGCCAUCGUCUUCUCAGCCGAUGAGAACACAAGACGGAGAUACUGGAAGCCUGUCAAGAUCAACGCUGACCGUAAGAUUGUCAACAGGUACAUCAGCAAGACUGCUGGAAGCUUUGCUGGUCGGGUUAUUGAGCACCACUCCCUCAGACACUUUGAAAAGGUGUUUCUUCCGGAUGGGGUGCACUUCAACCAACAGGGGAACAGAAUCUUCUUGACCAAGAUCCGUAAUGACAUCAGGGAGAUUCUGCAGCGAGCUGCCCCAAGCAACAGGUAA